UUGGCGAACUUUGUCCUAUAUUGAUAGACUGUCUUGUUUUGAUUCUGUAAAUGGAUAAGGAAAAAAAAUGUUUCAUUUCGUAUUUAAAGAGCUACUGUGUAUAUUUUGUUUUAGUUAUUAAGUGGGGUGUAUAGUCUGGAUCUAAUCUAAUAAUAACUGUAGAUAUCUUUAUUAAAUCUAGUCUAGGUUUCAACUUUCGCUGCAUUUAGUGUUACUAUAGACUAUAGCCAGAGAAAAGUUAAAAGACUAAAAAAAAAAAAAGUCUGGUUGAACUGGUUAGGACGAAACAGCGUGUUCUAUUGGCAGAAUGUGUAAAUUCUUAUGGACCCAAGACUUAUCAUUUCUAGGCUUGGAAGGAUGCUAAGGAUUCAGGCAGAUGGAAACUGCUUGGUUAGUAGGUUCUACAGAUAACGAUGAAGACAAAGAUGCCGUAUUCAUUCCGAUGGUUCGGUUCCAAGAUGGUCAUCGUCAGAAUGAUAGAACCGCCAGAGAACCGUCUAGACUGCAGAGUGAUAGAAAUUCAAGAGGCUACUCACCGAUUCAAGAUAAGGACGUUUACUUUCCCAUUGAUGAAGCUGCUUGGACAGAUGACAGAACGUCACCGAAUAGGAACAGUGAGGGAUAUGCCACCACAGACUCAUUCCCCAUUGAUGAAGCUGCUUGGACCAUGUCCAAUACAUAUUCAGAGAUCAGAGAACCUGUGGUCCCGGUAGAGGGGAGAGAUGGCAAAGUUUUAUUUGCUUUGAAACGACACGAAUCCUCGCGUAAGCCGGCUAGACCCAGAACUUUAAAUCUCCAUCCAUUAAGCUCCAUCUCAUCCAGCAGCUACCCUGACAGCUCACUCAGUACUCAGAGCUCACAGAUCUCUGUGGAAUCCAAUAUCAACUUUGGCUUUCAAGACCUGGAUGAUGGCAGUAGCCUUGUAAACCACAGGCUGAUUAAGUUUGAGCACGACACAGCCAUGUUGUUUCGCUCACUCAGCAGGCCCCAGCAGAAGAAUAAAAAACCCUGGCACAGGCUGUUGUCAGUCUGGUGGAAUAGUCUCUUGGCUUUGUGUUGUUCCUGUUGUCGCAGACGUGGUUCCUGCAGAUUGACUUGCAGCUGUCGAGAUGAGAAAGGUGUCCACUACCUCCAGAUGGCUAAAAAGAAGAUUCUGGAACAUCUCCUUUAUAGUUCAAGUGGUCAUCAGUGUCAUUGCUGUCAUUUUAUCCGGUGCUGUAUUCUUCCCUCUGGGUCUCAACUUUCAAAGUUUUAAUGAGCAGUGUCUUCUGUAUGCAAAUAUCAAACUCAUUCCAAAAACUGAAGAGACUGGUGUGAAGGUAGAUUUGACUGCGACUGUGUUUGGUGACGUGGAGGAGUGUAACUACACGACCUACUUGAAUGUGGUGACGGCCAUCGCCAGUGUUAUCUUUCUUUGGUUCUUUUAUCACACGCAUUCUCUGGAGACCUCAGAGCAUUCUGAAGUCAAACUCCAACUGCCAGUGUUUCUCAUUCAUCUUGGUUUGUUCAUCUGUGUCUUAGUGUCUAGUUGUAAGAUCACCUUAGGCUUCAACUACUGGUGUGACAACAUAGGCUACGCUGAUGUAAAAAACAAUGGCCAUUGUAAGGAAUAUGAGAAUGUCAGUUGGGACAUAACAGCCAGAGCUUUUGAAUGUCCAUUUUAUACCUUCAACUUAUUGGCUGAGGCCUCUUCCUGGCUCUUGGCCUUGACAUUACUUCUCCAAUGUCUAGUCACCUCAGUUCGACUCUACCAAGACUUUGUAACCACAUUCCAGGAAAUUGAAGUCCCUCAUUCAAAGUUAGAAGAGGUUGAUGACACAGACAGCCUUUGCUUGGAAAGAGGGUUGACCAACCAGGCCUCCGAUGAGUUCAUUAGCUCAGUCUCACGCUUUCCCAGCGUAGUGGAGUACAAUCCUGAAACCAAACGAAAACUGUUGGCCGAGGCCAUCGUCCAUCAAAACAUAUUGGCCAUGGCCUCUGGCGAUCAACUGCCGUCGAAGACAGACCCUGGUAAACCCAUCAUUCUUGACACGGAGUCAUUCAAAAAGAAAAGCAAAACUAAAAAACUCCGUGACGAGCUCGACGGGGAGGAAGUGGAGUCACCGCUACCCAAGAGUCAAAGAAACAAAAAAAUGAUUGAGCUGAAACGCAUUGAUCCCCAUGUCAGUGUCACAAUCCACGACUCCAAGAGCAGUAUUAAUUCCGAGAGUGAGGACUAUGAAGCGACAGAAGAAGAGUUAAGUGAGGAGGAGAAACAACAGAAGGGAGAUGAUUACAUGAAGUCCAGAUCAUGUCGAGACGGACAGUGGUGAUCAGAUUGUUUGAUAGUCCUACAUUAGAAUUAUCAAUGACUUUACAUUCUUGAAGUAUCUUUAAUUCAAUUUUUUUUAAAGUACCAGAAUUAUACCAACUACUUCUAGUAGUGGAAUUAAGUCUGUAUUCUUCAACUCUAGGAAAUCCAGUUGUAUGCGUGCUCAAACUUUGUCGUCUGAUAAAGAAAACAUCUUGGUUUAACUGGUUUACUUUUAAUAUUAGGUUCUUUAAAAAAGGCCAAAGAAAAAAAAUUUAAAUCAAGUUUUUCCUAUUGGACUUAAUUAAUGCAAAACAAUGAUGCAAAUUUAAAAUGAGGUAUUUCUCAUAGCUAGAUCCACAAACACUUUAGUGUCCCCAGCUUCUUAAUUGGUCACAAAGAAAUUGACCAAAACGUCUGCCAUCCCAUGUGUAUUAAUGAAGUUGUGAAAAAUAUUCUAAUUAUUGAUCAGAAAAAUUAGCAGUUUUCUUAGACCCGCCUCAUAAACCCCCUCAUCAACUUUUGGCCAUAGAAACAGUCGAGCUUUAUAUAAUCUUCUUCAUGGAACACAAGGUCUUAAAAGGGACCUUGACUUUCUAAUAGAAACCAAAGGAACCACAUCAAGUAAAACUUUAUUACAAGAUAUUGUCUAGGGUAAACUACGAGUGUGUGUGUUUCUUGUUACAUCUCUCAGGAAUUUAUCAAUUAAUAUUUGUGAUUUAUAUUUAGUAUACAGCUUUAGGAAUCACACCAAGCAGAUAAAUUUUGUUAAAUAUAAAGUUUACACUUGUCCUCCUCCCUAAAUCCUACCAAAUAAGAUUUGUCAAUUCAUUUCAUACCUACAUACUUACAUGACAUACUUAUCUCAAAGUGUAACUCUCUAAGAAAUAGAAAUGUCUUUCAGAAAUAAAUGCCAGGAAAACAUCUUAAAGAAAAAAAAAAACAUAUUGUCAAUACUUCACACAAAUAACCAGUGAAGUUAAAAGUGGGAUUUGACCAAAACUUGGUCUGGAUUAUGUUUUUGGUGCUUUUUGAUUUACUGAUAUCAAAGUCAAGGGUAAUGUGUUAUGGUACUUAACAUGUCAUUUUCUGUUAGUCCUAAUUGAGCAUUUGUCAUUUGAUCCUAUUAUAAUUUUGUCAUUUUUUUUUUUUAUAAUUACAGUAGAAAGUCAAUUCUCCAGAUUAAUUGGGACAGUAUCUGUCCAGAUAAUUGAUCUGAUCGUCUGGAUAACCGAAUGUGGAAUAUGUUUUAUAAACAUUGCAUUUCUCCAACAAUAUAAAGAAAAUUAAUAUAGAGAUAUAGCAUAAACAUAAAAUUCAAUGAGUUAUGUUAUAGCCUACCUAGCAAUACAAUAGACAAAGACUUCCUAGCAAUACAAUAGACAAAGUCGCACAUCAGGAGGACUUAGGUACUGUACAACAAGAACAACAAAAAGGCAGUCCGGAUAUUUAAUGUCCCAGAUUACUGACAGAUAAGCGACAUUUUUUUUAAAAACUAAAUUAGAAUUUUUUUUUUACCUGUUCUGUCAAUUUUUUUGAUGGUCUGAGACUAAUUAUUAUUUUACUGUCAGCUUCAGUUUUAUUGUUCUACUGCAAUAGACUUUUUCAUCCAAUGGCACCAGGCAAUGACUGUGUUAAAUUGAGUACAAGGUAAUCCUGUGUCUAUGGAUAUGUGUUAAUUGAGUGCAAGGUACAUAAUCCUGUGUCUAUGGAUAUGUGUUAAUUGAGUGCUAGGUAAUCCUGUGUCUAUGGAUAUGUGUUAAUUGAGUACAAGGUAAUCCUGUGUCUAUGGAUAUGUGUUUAUUGAGUGCAAGGUAAUCCUGUGUCUAUGGAUAUGUGUUUAUUGAGUGCUAGGUAAUCCUGUGUCUAUGGAUAUGUGUUAAUUGAGAACAAGGUAAUCCUGUGUCUAUGGAUAUGUGUUUAUUGAGUGCAAGGUAAUCAUAUGUCUAUGGAUAUGUGUACGAUCUAAUCGUCUUCUUCUUUGAUGGAACGUCUGUAAUUUAUAACAUAUUUCUUUGUGCUGGUCAGAUGUCUAUUUGUGCUGGUCAGAUGUCUAUUUGUGCUGGUCAGAUGUCUAUUUGUGCUGGUCAGAUGUCUAUUUGUGCUCAAUUCAGUCCAUGUCUUGCUCCAAGUUUUGAACCAAAAGUCUUUCAUUUCAUUUAAAAUCUUCCAAAAAAAACUCUUUGAGUUUUAGAUUUUGAAUGAGUUUUUUUCUUGAUAUUAUAUUAUCUGUAGCUGUUUUGGUUUUUCUCUACUGUAGCUAUAAGUUGAUUUGAUGUACUGUUUUUUUUUCUCUACUGUAGCCAUAAGUUGAUUUGAUGUACUGGUUUUUUUUUCUCUACUGUAGCCAUAAGUUGAUUUGAUGUGCUGUUUUUUUUUCUCUACUGUAGCUAUAAGUUGAUUUGAUGUUCUAUCUUCAAAAAUAAUUUUUGUACAUUACAACCACAACUUUGAGUGACAGGAAGUUGUAUUUUUCUUCCAAACCACAGGGAUUGGAUAUUUUUUACUUUGCACCUUACUUUGGAAUACUUGGAGAGAAAUGAUAAGGAGAGAAUAAGUGGUAAUGACUUACAAAGAAAACAUUGGCCAGUAGGAAGAUCAUACCCAUGACAUUCUCAUUAUUAGCGCCAUAUCCUACCCUGUAGGACAUGGUGAGCGAGUGGUUAAGUGCCUGUCUUCCGAACCUGGGUCCUGGGUUUGAAAUUCGGUGAAGAAUGGGAUUUUGAGUUUCUGGAUUUUUAGGGUUGCCCCUGAGUCGAUGGGUACUUGACUUUAGUUGGGGAAAGUAAGGAGGUGGUUAGUCGUUAUGCCAUCCACAUGACACCCUGCUCGUUAACCGUUUGCCAUAGAAACAGAUGACCUCAACAUCAUCUGCCCCAUAGGUCUGAAAGGGAAACUUUAUUUUAGUUUACUACCCAGCCUUGCUACUAUGUGCCAAAUUUAGCUUGCGAUCAAUAUGAUUUCAUUUUGACUUUUUAAACAACUUACCUCCCCUUUCACCCACAUUCCUUCUUGGUUCAAUGUUUUCACUAUGAAGAAAAUGUGAUUUAAUAGUAAGAAUUUAACCAAAAAAUGUUUGUGCAUAAAUUGGUGAAAAGAUGAAUGAUUAUUAGAAACUAAAAAAGAAAGAAGUUUGCUGCUCUAAUCUCCAGAGAACCAAAUCUUCACUUGAUGUUAAGGCAACAUGGCAGUGUGAAAAACUUUUGGUUGUAUGUGUCAAAAUUACUUUAUUAUAUAAAUUAUCGCUAUAUAAAUUGAUAGACCUACACUAUUCAAAAUUUAUUUUUCAAGUAAAUAUAUUUUGCAAAUGCUACUAGGGCAUAGUUUGGUUAGUGAUUCAAAAUGGUUUAACUCUUUCUCUCCUAAUCAACGAUCCCAUCGUUGAUUUGACCUCUUUAAAUUAAAUUAAAAAUUAUUUUUAUAAACUUGACUUUGUGUUAUAUAAAAAAGAGCAUGCAGUCCCCUUUAAUUCUGUACCAAAUAGAACAUUUUCUGAUAACAAACAACAAAGCUAUUGAAGCUCAAUCAUAACAGGGGUAGUGAAAUAGUAAUGAGCUAAAAGAAGAACUCCUUCGAAUCAUGGAAAAAUAAUAAUGGAGAGAAAGAGUUAAGAUUAUAGACACCUGGUCGUGGGGUUUGCACGAUGGACUGUCGUUCAGAUUUAUCGAUGGUCCCGGGUUCAAACCCUACCCGCUCCCAUCCCCCCGUCAUCCUGCGGGAGGUUUGGACUAGGAAGUAAUUAUCUUCAACUCUGAAGGAACAUCUGAAACAUGUAAAACAAACAAACGACACCUGUACCAUACCAUUGCAAGCUAAAUGUUUAGACAAGUAGAUCAGAUGACCCAAACAUGUAGCUAAUGAAAAGAUACCAAUCUGAGAUACAUUUGGUGUCAAGUUAUUCUUGGUGUAGACUAUUCCAGUAGAACUGGUCAUAAAAUGAAAAUGUUAUGUGAGGCAGUUAGUAUAGUACACAUUGGGUUGCAGUUUAAAAGAAAAGAAAUAGUAUCAUUAACUUUGGCUGUUACAAAAUCUUAUCUUAUAUAAUACAGACGUUACUUCAAAAAAGAAGAUGAUUACGUCCUACGCGUCAUGCAUUUAGUCAUGCAUAUUAACCAAUGACUUAAAUUCUGCCAAGUCACUGGUUUUCCUGGCUAGCCCAGGCAACCCAUUCCAUGCUCUAAUAGCACUAGGGAAUGCAGGCUUCUAAACUGGGAAUAUGUGUAAUUGAUUUCAAACUUAUCCAUUUAAAGAAAUAUCUGAAAAUAAUAAUAAAACUUGGUCAAAAGAACACAAGAUAAACUCAUAUUACAUGACAUAUAUAUAUACAUGUAGCUCGUGGGAAAUAAACAACACUAAUAGGCAACAUAAAGUUUUAAUUAAAAUGUUCUUUUUCACCCUAAGAAUUGUUUUCAUGGCCAGCAAGUGUUUGUAUGUCUUGGUUGGAUGCAUUUUGAUUAAUAUCAUAAGGACUUGUCAAUUUAUGGUAAUAAUAUAAUUAAUCAGUUAAAGUGAUCACUUAAGAAAAUAGGUCAGUGGUAACAGAUAAGUGGUUGGUAAUGACGGUUAUAUCAGUGGUAACAGAUAAGUGGUUGGUAAUGAUGGUUAUAUCAGUGGUAACAAUACUGAUAAUUUCCAUUGGGGUGAAGCUUACAAUUAAAAUUUUAUUUUGCUCAUUUUUCAUGUUUUUCUAUUUUGUAUGUUUGAACAAUAUUUUUAUUUGUGUAUAUUAUAUUUUGAUAUACAUCUAAUUCUGGCAUUUUUUGUAAGCAUCCAUUACAUCUAUACUGUUGUGGUACUUUUCUAUGUCUUGAUAUGCUCCUUUACUUUCAUUGAAACCUUUAAGUUGGACAUUGUCCAUGUGUCAAAUCACAAUAUGAGAUUGUAUGUUGCCAUUCCUUCUUACAUUGUCAUGCUCUGCAAUUGUAACAUUAUGAGAAACACAUUGAGAGAGAUGGAAGAUUGGGUAAUGUCAGACAAUGUCAUAGACUGUGUGUACUAUUCCAAGGUGUUCAAUUCAAAAUGUGUCUGGCAAGUCAGAUACAAAGUUGGCUGUAGAAAUGUUUUGUUGAAUUAUAGAUUUCUAAUUGUGUUGCGUUAAUUUUGUUUGUAUUAUGUCAAUUAUAAAUAUGUAUAGACUUUAAAAGUUCUGGUCAGUACUUGUUGCUUGCUAGACAUUGUCAGUGAGCUUUUAGAUAGAAUUCUUUUUCCUAAAUUUUUAUCAGCCAAUGAAAUGUUUUUUCUUAAAGUUGUUAGUUAGCUCUAAGGCAAGUUGUUAAUCUUGGAUAAAAUUCCUAGCCUGGGCACCCCUCAUUCUUUACAAAUCAGUUCAACUUUGACAUGUUCCUACCAUCAAAGUUAGACAGUAUAAAGCUGAAGGCCAUUGCACUGAAGAAAUAUUGUCCUUGAACCCGGUGACCUACUUGAUUUGUUUGUUACUGAGCAGACUGCAUAUCAAGGGACACUAGCUUGAAGACAUUAGGGAUGGGCUAUGUGUGAGAGAGGAGACAUAUUGCAUUAGAACAGGAGGAUCUGGAGAGAAGGGAAGAAUGAUUUAACUUUUGUAUGGAAUGAACUGUUUGAAGAUGUGUCUAAAUGUUUCUGAAGUGAAUCUAUGACAACAAAUUGUGUUGAUAUUUAUGGAAAUAAAAUAUACAACAAACAUAAAAAGUGUGUGUGUGUUUGAACAUAUUUUAAUGGAAUGUUCAUUCUUCACUCAGAGCAACAUAGGAAUCUGAAGAGGUGCA